UGAAACCUCAUGCUGCUUAAAGCCCUCCGCCUUCUCUCCGGCAGAGGACAGGUUCAACAUGGCGGCGUCCGUGAGGUGCUUUCUCCGCUCAGGAAAAAAUGCCUUGUCGGCUCUGGGGCAGCGGGGGUUUCAUAAGAGUGCUCCGGCCGCUGUCCAGGUGACGGUCCGUGAUGCUCUGAACCAGGCGAUGGACGAGGAGCUGGAGAGGGACGAGCGGGUGUUCCUGUUGGGUGAGGAGGUGGCUCAGUACGACGGGGCCUACAAGGUGAGCAGGGGUCUGUGGAAGAAAUAUGGAGACAAACGCAUCAUCGACACUCCGAUCACAGAGAUGGGCUUUGCUGGCAUCGCAGUGGGAGCCGCCAUGGCUGGCCUGAGACCCAUCUGUGAGUUCAUGACCUUUAACUUCUCCAUGCAAGCCAUCGACCAGGUCAUCAACUCUGCUGCCAAGACCUACUACAUGUCCGCCGGUCUGCAGGCUGUGCCCAUCGUCUUCAGAGGACCCAACGGAGCAUCAGCAGGCGUCGCUGCACAGCACUCACAGUGCUUCGCUGCUUGGUACGCUCACUGUCCAGGUCUGAAGGUUGUGAGUCCCUGGAACUCAGAAGAUGCCAAAGGUCUCCUGAAAGCAGCCAUCAGAGACGACAACCCCGUGGUGUUCCUGGAGAACGAGCUGAUGUACGGCGUUCCCUUCGAGAUGUCGGAGGAGUCACAGUCCAAAGACUUCACCAUUCCCAUCGGCAAGGCCAAGAUCGAGAGACCAGGGACGAGUGUCACUAUGGUCAGUCACUCUCGGUAUGUUGGUCACUGCCUGGAUGCUGCCGCCGUCCUCGCCAAGGAGGGAAUCGAGUGUGAGGUGAUCAACCUGCGGACCAUCCGUCCUAUGGAUGUGGAGUCUAUUGAGACCAGCGUGAUGAAGACCAACCACCUGGUGACAGUGGAGGGUGGCUGGCCUCAGUUUGGGGUUGGAGCUGAGAUCUGCGCCAGGAUUAUGGAAGGUCCUGCCUUCAACUACCUGGAUGCUCCGGCCACCAGGGUGACGGGCGUCGACAUCCCCAUGCCGUAUGCCAAAAUCCUGGAGGACAACAGCGUGCCGCAGAUCAAAGACAUCAUCUUCUCUGUGAAAAAGACCCUCAAUGUCUGAAACACACACAAGACAAUCCCACCUGAAUCCUUUCUGUCUUGCUCACACAGACGGUGGAAACAUCGUCUGGUAAAACAUUUGAACCAUGUGUAAAUACAGCCAAACGGUUCCUUUUAAGAAAAAAAAAAAACGCUCCAGAUCGUCCUGUCGGUCAGUGAAACGCACAGCUGUUUAUCUGCACCCAGAGCAGUGGACACUCAGGGUUCGGUCAAGUCGUCGCCUCUGUUAGUCGGCUACAAACUUCACCGAACUCUGUGUGGCUCUGGCUGCUCUCUCCACUUCCUACCUUUCAAAAUAAAAGUUGCUCUAUCCUGUAGGCUUUUCUGUGUUUCUGAGGAAGUUUGGUAACAACAAAACUGCUGAGUUUGCUCCUGCGUGCGCUCAAAUUUUGACCUGCAGACUAAUUCAAACUUAAUUUUUACCCUCAGUAGUUUUAUUGUUGUUAAACUCCCAAACAUUUCUAACCACCAAAAGUAUUACACUCAGUCUUUUUAAUUCCUCACACUGACUCGGCUUCGUCUCUAAAAAGCAGCAGUGAAGACGAGCGAACCAGCCUGAGAGCUGGAGGUGGAUCGUGGUUAGGAAUAUUUAUUGUAGCUGCAGCAGCUCUGUGGAUGUUUUUGUUGCUGUAAGUGAAUCUGUUACAGAAAUAAAAACCUUUCAGUCCUU